AGAAAAGGGGCGGAAGUGCAAACAAGAGUUCGCGGCGAAAGCGCGCAGCCGGGGAGUUUGCUCUCGCACGCCCUCGAGUCGGUGCGAGCGCCCGUGCGUCGUCGGUGCUGUGCGCUUUCCGCGACUGUGCGCGCUUGGGGCAGCCGCCGCCUCCGCAACACUCAGUUUCUGGAUUUAGAUCUUGACUGCCAAGCACCAUGAACAACUACAGUGUUUCUUUGGUUGGUCCAGCCCCUUGGGGUUUCAGGCUGCAAGGUGGCAAAGAUUUCAACAUGCCUCUGACUAUCUCUCGGUUGAGCGAAGGAGGCAAAGCAGCUAAUGCAAACGUCGGAAUAGGUGACGUGGUUCUCACUAUCGAUGGGAUAAGUGCAGAUGGCAUGACUCACCUGGAAGCUCAGAACAAGAUCAAGACCUGUUCAGGCAACCUGACUAUGAAUCUGCAGAGAGCUCCUGCAGCACCAAAACCGGAUCCUAUUCCUGUGCAGCAGGUAGAGCCUAAGGAACUAGUUAAGCCUGUGCCCAUUGCAUCUGCAGUCGUACCCAAAGUUUCAUCCACAGGCAACGUGGCCUUCAAUAAGGCCCCAAGGCCAUUUGGGGCAGUCUCUUCCUCCAAGGUCACUUCCAUUCCAUCGCCAUCGUCUGCCUUCACUCCAGCCCACUCAAGUUUUUCAUCACGUGCUUCCCCUACACCACUGGCCACUGUCACGCCUCCCCCAUUCACGGCCUCAGGACUGCAUGCUAAUGCCAAACCUAAUGCUGACCAGCGUUCACCUGUGCUGAGCGCUGCUAAACCUGCAGUUAAUGCUCCAUGGCAGCCCCCUCACACUGCAUCCUUGAACACCCCUUUCAACGAAAAUGCCCCAGAGGUGGCAGAGGGGCAGCGAAGAGGAUUCAAAGAGAACCAGGGGGACAGUAAACAGCAAAAUGGGAAAAACCCACCUAAACGUCCACCAAGGAAGCAUAUUGUCUAUACAAAUACGGAGUUUUACCAUCCACCCCUUCACAGCAACAACAGCAAGAAACGUCUAAUUGAAGAUACAGAGGACUGGCACCCAAGGACAGGAACUACCCAGUCCCGUUCUUUCCGUAUCCUUGCACAGAUUACUGGCACUGAACACAUGAAAGAACCAGAACCCGAGAAUACAAAGAAGACAAAGGAAAAGAUUCCCCUCCACAUCAUAGGGCCCCGAUACACAAAAUUACGUGACUGGCACCAUGGCGUCUCAGCACGUGUCCUUAACGUCCAGUGACUUGCCAAGCUCUAAAAAAACCACGUGCCCUUUUCUUCCUCUUUCUCUUCCAAAUGCUUUGCAGAGAAUGCAACGAAACAAACAUUGGCUUUUAAUUACAUGAAAAAUACUAGCUUUUUCUAUACUUUUCUAACAGUUUCCUACCAAUGUAUAAAGAAUGAAAGAAUAUGUUUUGUUAAAAAUCUGUAUCUGAACAGACAACCAAAACACAAAUGGCAUAAAAUAUUUUUGAUGACCUGGAGUACAAUCAGGAUGACUCUUAAACUAGCUCUUAGCUGCACCAUGAGUACAUUGUGCUAAGGUACAGAGAAACAAUAGGCUGCAGAAAUAGUUAGCUAGGAAAAUAGGCAGAGUAAGCCCUUAUUUAACAGCCAUCAUUACAUAACUCUGCUUGGAUUUAUUAAAAUCAUUUUUGUUUCCUGUAUAGAUCUUUUUGAAUUCAGUACUUGGCUGUAUUUUGGAACAGGAUGUAAAUGUUUUCAAAGCACAAAAAGAGAAAAGGGCCUUUUUCUUCUUUUUUGGUUCCAGUUAAAGGGAUUUUAACAAUAUUAGCAUAAUGCACCUCCCCUACUCAACAGAAAUAUCACUGUUACACAUGAGGACAUUUCUGAACUCCCCUGCUCACAAAAAGAAUGUUAUAACAGAGCCAUGUAAAACAACGAAUGAAAAUAAUAUGAGGUAGUGAAUAUGGGGUUUUAUUUAUUAUAGGCUGGAUUUUUGGAUGUUAUUAGCUAUUUCAAUGAUGCAUAUUACUCUGUAAUAUAAUGUAUUAUAGCAAAUACAUAUUCAAUUUAUGCUUUGUUGAGUUUGAAGAGUGCUUAAUAAAUAUUGCCUUUAAGUUUU